GAUUGACUUCUAGUCAUGCUCGAGCCUAUAUCAUGUUGCUCUUUACUUCUCUCCAUUACUACUUUUCAUUAAGCCUCAACCAUGUCAACUACGAGCGUAGUAGAAACCGCCCGUCGCCAUGACGGUCCAGCAGAAGACAUCGAACUUUAUCCCGUUGAUCGCGAAGCUCGCUCUCCUUCUGCACCCAGUGUCUUCGAGACCAGCCCCGAAUCCGCCGUAGUGACGGGGGAGAACGUCCUCAAAAUCCUUGCGGCGGGCUUCUCUUUCUUCUUCGCAGGAACAAACGACGGCAGCCUAGGUGCAUUGACGCCAUAUAUUCUGCGCACUUAUCACGUCGGCACCGAAUAUGUGGCCCUCAUCUAUGCUUCCACCUUCCUCGGCUGGAUCCUCGCGGCAGCAACUAACAGCUACCUUAUCCACGCCCUUGACUUGGGCUUAAUCCUGACGCUUGGAGCUGUUCUCCAGCUCGUGGCCCAUUGCCUACGCUUCUGGACCCCACCCUUCGGUCUCUACGUUGCCACCUUCUUCCUCCAAGCCGUGGGCAUGGCGUACCAAGACUCGCACUCGAACGCUUUCGUCGCCUCUGUAAAGGGGGCCCACAGAUGGUUGGGCUUCAUCCAUGCCAUGUACGCUCUGGGCUGUCUCGUCUCGCCCUUUGUCGCUACGGCUAUUGCGUCGAAAGUACAGGAUCGUUGGCCUUUGUUUUAUCUCUUUCUGGUCGGGAUUGGGACCAUUAACACUUCCGCCGUCCUUGCUAGUUUCCGGGACAGCAUGAAGGUCCACAUGAGACCUAAUUCCUCUGAGGGCGUUCCAGAAGUGGAGACCCGCAGCCGAACCGCGUGGCGAGACAUUCUUGACACACUCAAAUCCCCGCCCGUCUACUUGCUUUCCCUCUUCUACUUCUUCAUGCUCGGCGCCGGCAUCACAGCGGGAGGCUGGGUAGUCGAAUACCUGGUCUCUGCCCGAAACGGCCGCCUGCCAGAUGUGGGAUACGUUUCCGCGGGCUUGUGGGGAGGCGUCUUCUUGGGACGAGUCUUGCUUGCGGAGCCGACUCACCGAUUCGGCGAGAGAAAGAUGUCAAUGGCGUACUGCGUAAUGAUUCUCGCGCUCCAGCUAGUCUUCUGGCUCGUGCCGAACCUAGUGAGUAGCGCAGUCGCCAUCUGCUUUCUGGGCAUCUUCUAUGGACCGCUGUUCGCUACGGGCAUGUCUAUUGGCUCUAGGCUUUUCGAAAAACGUAUUCAACCAACAGCCCUCGGUUUCGUCUUCGUGCUCGCUCAAGCUGGUGGCGCGCUCUUUCCCGCGCUCACUGGCGUUAUUGCUAGCCAAGCCGGCGUCAAAAUCAUGCAACCUAUACUAGUUGGACUCAUCGUCGCAAUGGGCAUUGCCUGGGCACUGGUGCCCAAAGUUCCCAAGCGCGACGACUGACGGCAGUUGAGCCAAGAUCCAUUCUUAUUUUUGCCGCCGGCAACCUGGAUGUUCUACUUGGUCGUAUUAGGGCUGGGACAAGCCCAUUCUGUACUUUCUGGAAUCCUUCGCGGCCUAUAACGGCAUCGCAACCGAUCUAGAAGUUCAUAUUUGCAACUUCAGGGACCGUGUCAGUAUUCAGCAAUGAAUCGAAAGUGGCCAAAUGCGGAGCAGUCAGGAUGAACAGCCCGUCUGGAGGCCUUCAAG